AAUUGUGUAAACAGUAACACGAUAGACCAAUAAAAGUAUUUAAGUAUAAACUUUAGUUGAUAGUUCUAUACUCUAUACUAUUGUGUAACACGCGCAUUUAUCAUAUUAUCACAGAAUUCUAUUUAUUAUUCUACUUAUAGGUCUGUGGACGCAAUAGACUCUUUACAGGUGCGCAGUACCACGGCUGUAGAGUAUAGAUAAUAGAUAUAUUAUCUACAAUCUUGAGCACUGCGCAAUUCGCCAGUACGUGCCACUGUACUCACUACUCAGUUGUUGUAGUACCACCGAACAACUACUGAAUUACGCCUGCACGUUGAUUGUAGACUGUGGUCUGUAUACUGCGGUGAUUACGAUUUACGAUACAUACUCAAAUAUAUUUAAUAAUAGAUAUAAUACCUAUCGUUAUUGACGAAUUCUUUUGUUUCUUGUGCGUUUUUCAUUUUCUUUUUUUUAACGAAAUAUUCGAAAUUAGUGCUUGGUCGACCGUGCGUGUAAAGACUAUAUAAACUAUACAAACAUGAAUGAAAAAGGCAUAAUCAGUUUGAGUUUCAACCAAGACCAUACUUUUUUUGCCUGCUGUACCGAAACUGGUGUUAGAAUUUACAACGUUGAACCCCUGUCGCUGAGAGAAAGGUUUGAUUUAGGCGGUGUAUCGAAAUGCGAAAUGCUGAACUCAUCCAAUUUCAUCGCCAUAGUUUCUGGUGGAAAAUAUCCAAAAUAUUGUCAGAACACUGUACUAAUCUAUGAUGCUGUGUUGGAAAAAUUUGUGAUGGAAGUUAAUUGUGCUUCCAGUGUAAAAUCUGUGCUAAUGAGGAGAAACAAGAUGAUAGUUGUGACUAUGGACAAGAUAUCUGUUUUUACGUUUCCUACGGUCAUUGAGCACAUAAUUAAUUUGGAAACCCGUCCAAACCCGAUGGGAUUGUGUGAAAUCACUCCUUUAGAAACUUCUACAAAACAAAUCAUUGCAUAUCCUGGGAAUAAAAUUGGAAGCGUUCAUAUUAUGGAUGUUUCAAAUUUGGAAGCAACAAGUUCUAGUGCCCCGGCAAUACUCAAUGCUCACCAGGGAGAAAUUUCUUGUUUGGCUAUAAAUCGACUCGGUACACUUAUAGCUAGUGCAAGUGCCAAAGGAACCUUAAUCAGAAUCUGGGAUACUUGUCAUAAAGUCAAAGUUGCUGAAUUAAGACGUGGGUCAGAUACAGCAACAUUAUACUGCAUAAACUUCAGUCCAAAUUCAGAAUUUUUAUGCUGCUCAAGUGACAAGGGCACAAUUCAUAUAUUCGCAGUGAUAGAAUCUGAUUUAAAUCGCCGAUCUAGUCUAUCCCCGUUCAGUUUUUUCAGUUCCUACUGUCAAUCACAGUGGGCUCUGGCCACUUUUACAGUGCCUCCAGAAGUGGGCUGUAUUUGCACUUUUUUGACUUUAGAUACUGUUGCUGCUAUCUGCCUUGAUGGUACUUAUCAUAAGUUUGCAUUUUCCAAAGAUGGUACUAGCAGACGCAAAUCGUUCCAAAUAUAUUUACACAAUUGUGAAGAUGAUGAAUUUUAAAUUAAUUUUUUUACCCAGACUUUCCAUAAUAUUUAUUUAUUGUAAGUUAGUCCUAACUAAUCUUAAUAUAAAUUUAAUUGACAAUCUUAUAAAAAUAAAGGUUAUAUUUUAUUAUGAUAAACAUAUAGUAAA